AUGGGUAUUGCAGCUGAUAAGCAGAAGGUCUCUAAGAAGACCAGCGAUCAUAAGGAAUUGACUUCUCUAGCGGCCAAGAUCAAGGCCAAGGCAUUGGAAAACCAAGAGAAACAGACCCAAAAGGAAGCUAGUGGGGAGGAAAAAGAUGAGAGUAAGAAGCAUAAAAAGGCUAAAGUACAAGAGGAAGAACCUGAAUACCAAGGGGAAGAUUUACAAUCUUUCAACGAUUUGAAUCUGGUUCCAGAACUUAUUGAAGCUUGUAAGAAUCUCAAUUUUGACAAACCAACACCAAUCCAAGCAAGAGCCAUUCCUCCAGCUCUGGAAGGUAGGGAUAUCAUUGGGUUAGCUCAAACUGGUUCAGGUAAGACUGCAGCAUUCGCCAUACCGAUCUUGAACCGUCUAUGGGAAGAUAAACAACCUUAUUAUGCCUGUGUUUUGGCACCAACUAGAGAAUUAGCACAACAGACUAAGGAAACAUUUGAUUCCUUAGGAGCACUAAUGGGUGUUAGAUCUACCUGUAUAGUUGGUGGUAUGAAUAUGAUGGAUCAAGCGAGAGAAUUGAUGAGGAAACCCCAUAUUAUUAUAGCUACACCUGGUAGACUUAUGGAUCAUUUGGAGAAUACCAAGGGUUUCUCCCUUCGUAAACUAAGGUUUUUAGUUAUGGAUGAAGCUGAUAGACUGUUGGAUAUGGAAUUUGGUCCCGUAUUGGAUAAAAUAUUGAAGGUCAUCCCCACACAGGAUAGAACUACGUACUUGUUUUCUGCUACGAUGACUUCUAAGAUUGAUAAGCUACAAAGGGCCAGUUUAACAGAACCUGUUAAGUGUGCAGUGUCAAAUAAGUAUCAAACUGUGGAUACCUUAGUGCAAACGUUGAUGGUUGUGCCCAGUGGGUUAAAAAACACUUACCUGAUAUACUUAUUAAAUGAAAAUAUUGGUAAGACCGUUAUUAUUUUCACAAGAACAAAGGCAAAUGCUGAAAGACUUUCAGCAUUGUGUAAUUUGUUAGAGUUCAACGCUACUGCACUUCACGGUGACUUGAACCAAAAUCAACGUACAGGUGCUUUAGAUCUGUUUAAAGCCGGUAGAAGAUCCAUUUUAGUGGCUACAGAUGUGGCAGCUAGAGGUUUAGAUAUUCCAUCUGUGGAUAUUGUUAUUAAUUACGACAUUCCUGUGGAUUCCAAGUCAUAUAUUCAUCGUGUUGGUAGAACUGCUAGAGCUGGUAGAUCAGGUAAAUCAAUUUCCUUAGUUUCACAAUACGAUUUGGAACUGAUCUUGAGAAUUGAAGAAGUUUUAGGUAAAAAAUUGCCCAAGGAAAAUUGUGAUAAGGAGGUUGUGAUUUCCUUGAGGGAUUCUGUGGAUAAGGCUAAUGGUGAAGUGAUCAUGGAAUUAAAUAGAAGAAAUAAAGAAAAAGCUGCUAGAGGUGGUGGUGGUGGUAGGAGAGGCAGAAUGAAGGCAAGAACAGAUAUGGAUAGAGAGGAAAGAUAA